CACGGAGGAAUCUGCUUGGAGAUUAUAUAAAACGUGCUAAAGAAGCCAUGUAAGAUUCCCAAUUUACCAUUAAUGAAUGGAUGAAUGAAUGAAAGACCUUUAUUGUACAUUCAUGCCUCGACGGGCUAGGUACCGGUCACUGAUAACAGACAUAUGCAGAGACAACAAUAUACAAUUUAACUAAUUGAAGGUACUAAGCUAACAGGAUGGUCGAUGUCUUCUCGCUUCUUUGUACACGUGUAGAUAUGUUAAUAUUGCUCCAGAUUCUCCCCUUUGAACAGUAUGACUAGUCUCAUAGGCUCUGUCUUUCUGUCACCAGUCCGACCGGUUGAACAAGCCUAUAGCUGAUCCAGUACACAAUCACUCCCCAUGCGGGCUCGCACCUGGUCUCUCAUUUCUGUCCUGUAGACAAGUGCAGGGAUCUCGGCGCUUUGGUCUCACCUCCCCGGACAGCUAUGGACAGAAUUUAUCACUUGUAGAUAGACACCUGCUUGUGCAGGCCACAGUAGAUCAGAAUGCGCCUGCUUACAACUUCUCACAGGGCAACCAGGAGAAAAGGAAGAUGGCAGGUGACAGCUGCCAUUUUCCUUGCGUUGCUGGGCGCCUUUAGCGCGAUUGUGUCCCUGCAAACGUUAUUUACUGAGCAAGACUUCACCAGAAGGGCGUACGCAACGUCAGAUGCCGCCAACAUCUCCAGCCCGGGAGCGAACUGCUCACGGCCGCAGGCCAUCAGUCACUACCCUGCCGACGUCUUCACCCAGGAGCAGCGGCGUCAGGGCGCCGUCAUUCUGCAUGUCAUCGCCACGCUGUACAUGUUCCUGGCGCUGGCCAUUAUUUGCGAUGACUACUUCGUACCCGCAUUGGAAAGGAUCAGUGAAGCAUUGCGUCUCCAGCCGGAUGUGGCAGGUGCCACGUUCAUGGCGGCCGGAAGUUCGGCACCCGAGCUCUUCACGUCCAUCUUCGGCGUCUUCGUCAGCCGAGACGACAUCGGAGUGGGAACUAUCGUCGGGUCGGCCGUCUUCAACCUGCUCUUCAUCGUGGGUCUGUGUGGGCUGUUGGUGGGAACGGCCAUCACCCUGACGCUUUGGCCCCUGCUACGGGACUGCAGUGUCUACCUCAUCAGCGUGGCGGCGCUCGUCAUCGUCAUAUACGAUGAACAGGUCCACUGGUACGAGGCCUGUAUCCUGGUGUGUCUCUACUUCUCGUACGUGCUGCUGAUGUACUUUAAUCGCCGGCUGAGUUCAGGGUUCACCCGGCGGUUCCCAGCAGCAGAUGACCUCCUCCAAACCCGCCAAACGGGACAGUACGAGAAAACGCCGCUGAUCAAAACAGAGGUCAAGGUGGCGUAUACAUGUACUACAUUGUUAAUUUCAGACAAUAGCAAAGAAGAAGGGCAGUUCUUACAGACGUCGCAAGUUGACGCUGUCACAACCAAUUCGGAAGGAACUAUCCAAGAAGAGCCGGAGUCUCCGUUGUCAGUACCGCCCGAGCCCUGGAGGAGAGUAUUAUGGGUUGUCGGGCUGCCUCUGACGUUACUGCUAGUGGGGACCGUGCCUGACUGCCGGAGGGACAAGUGGAAAAGUUGGUACCCUGUCAGCUUUGUCAUGUCAGUCGCCUGGAUAGGAGUCUUCACAUACAUCCUGGUCUGGAUGGUCACUGUCAUCGGGUUCACGGCCGGUAUCCCGGAUACAGUGAUGGGCCUGACGCUGGUCGCCAUAGGAACCAGCGUGCCUGACGCCAUGUCUAGUGUCCUGGUGUCAAAGGAAGGAUUGGGAGACAUGGCGGUGUCCAACGCAGUCGGCAGUAACGUGUUCGACAUCCUGGUGGGACUGGGCGUGCCGUGGUUCUUCAGGACGGUGGUGGUGCAAACAGACAGCGUGGUGCCCAUCCAAAGCGGUGGCCUGGUGUACUCAGCUGUCACGCUGCUGUCCACCGUGCUGAUCCUGCUGUUCACCAUGUGGCUGAACCGCUGGCGGCUGGACAGGAAGCUGGGCGUGAUCUGCAGCUGUCUGUACGCUGUCUUCAUCACGCUGGCCACGCUGUACGAACUCAACGUGUUCGGAGACUUCAACCCGCCCACGUGCCCGGGAAGUUAGACACUGAUGAUUGACAAAGAACGUGGACGUGAACAAAGAUUGUGGAAAAUAGUAAAAUUAUGUCACUGCCAUGUCAGACUGGCGUAUGUUAGGAGUCUUUGUGGACCACUAACUUAAAGUGCCUUGUUAGUGUAAGCAGACCACUCGGCACCCUUGGUUGUGCCCGUAGCAUUGCGACCAAACCGACUGUGUAAUGCGACUUCUCCGUUGCUGUCAUGACGAGGACUACGACUAGGCUAUUCGAAUCGAAACCCGUGAUAAGCUUUCUGCGUUAAGCUGAAAUGUAAAUAUAUAGAAUCACUGAUUGCAGAAACGAAAAUAUGCAGAUGUCAAAGUAAAUAGAAAGUUAUAUUCAGUAUUUAAUAAAAAGCCAAUUCUUUGUUUAUUAAAGUAUACUCCAGUAGAUCUACUGUACGAUUCUGUUCAAAAUAACUUCUUGAAGGCCAAUUUGCCAAAUAUCCCUUUAGUUCUAGAGAUAGCAAAAACAAGACUGUAAAGUCGCGUCGUAGUAUAGGACAUGAAGAAUUGAAAGAUGGUAACCUUGAACUUUUCUGGUAGAUACU